AUGCCUAGAAUCGAGGAGAUCGAUCUCCAUCCUUGGGGUUGGGAGACCGACCCCGAGGAGGAGCGGUUCAGGCUAUCCACGCUUGACUACCUCACGACAAAGACCUUCACCACCGUGGCGGUGAUAUUCAAAAUAGAAGCAUCGCAGAAAGAAAUGGUCACGGAAUUGUUCAAGGAGAGUAUCGCACGAACCCUCAGUCAGGUCAGACACAUGAUCGGGACCAUUGAGAAGGACGCAGAUGGCCAGCACUCGAUUGUCAGGAAGCGAGGCACGACCAUCAAGUUUGUGGUGCAGCAUCUGGACGGGCCCGAGGACACGUACCCGUCUUUUGCUGAGAUGGAGAAAGCACACUUCACCUCGGAUGUUCUGGGGGACGCCGACAAAUUAAGCCACCCGCCUAUGACAUUUGGGCCAAAACCUGAAGCCGAUCCCGACAACAGCCCUCCUGUCAUGGCUUUCAAGCUCAACUACAUCCCCGGCGGCAUGAUUUUGAUGCUUCCCACACACCACUACGCCAAUGGUCUCGUCGGCUUCACCUCCUUUAUUCACCAGAUAGCGGAUUGGUGCUAUGCUCUCGUCAACAAAACAGAUCAUCCCCUCUUUGACCCGAGGAAUCUCGACCGUACCCUGUUCACCAACCUGGGCUUCGAGACAGCCGAGGCCUCUGAGGAACCAAGCACUGAGACGAGUGGUUCGGCGCCUGCGCCUGGCCGAGCGCUGCCCGUGAGUAGCCCGCCUCGACACAGACGAUCUCACUCCUUGCUGUUUCAUGUGCCCAAGAGCAAGGCUGCUCAACUCAAGAAACUUGCCACGCCAGCUGACGGGUCGUGGAUCACAACUUACAAUGCGAUUUGCGCCAUGAUGUGGCGGGUCUUCUCCCGGAUCCGCGAACCGCUCUACAACCCCGGCCGUGACUACACACCGAUCUUUGGGACGGGUGUCACUCUCAUCAAGAAAAUCCCCAACAUGCCAGAGCGUAUGCAGGGCAACAUGCAGUUCGACAUCAACUCAACUACGUCGCACCUCCCGCAGUUCACGCUGGGCGAGAUCAUCUCCGAUGUGCCCUUGUCCAAGCUCGCGAGCUACAUUCGCGAGAUGACGGAGAGUGUCACGCCCAAGAUGCUGGCGGUCGAGCUGCAAAAGGUAGCACACAAGCGCGGCAAGGAGAACCUGUCCAUCAGCGCGGAUGCCUUCCCCUUGAUGGCCCUGUACAUCACAGACUGGCGCAGCUCCAACUUCUGCGACUUUGACUUUGGGUUUGCCAGCCCGACCGCGUAUCGGCAUGUGUUUGGCACUAUCCCUCUGAGUCAAUGUGUUGUCUAUCCCGCACACCGCGGACCGGCGGGAGACGAUGAGGGGAUCGAGUUGCAGGUGACCUUUGAGGAAGAGUUGAUGGCCGAUCUCCUCAACGACCCCGAGUGGAACAGGUACUUUGAGUUUAGGGGUGUCGAUACGAUGGCGGAGGGCGGGAUGAAGCCAAAGCUGUAG